AUGAAUUUGCCUGACUUCAAUGCGAAACCAUACGGGGAAGCACUUUUAGCAUCUUACGAUCGUCAUGAACUAGCAGGAACGAACUCUACAGAAACGGCAGCGUCGUUACCCAACACUUCACAAGUCAUCCCAUAUCAUUGGCUAACUCGUCGCCAGCCGCCACCUGAUUUUGAUUCUGGUAUAAAGCAACAACCUGUGCCGCUUUCGAUUAGCGCUAUUUCGUCUUCGGCGCUAAAGGCGAUUCUGGAGCCGCCCAUUCAACUUGGCACGGUGGUUGACAACAAAGAAGCACUGCAUCCUGAUGAAACACAUCUCAGGUUGGAUGAGUUCUCUUCGAGUCAGGAUGCGACGCGUGAAUCCCAUUCGAGAAUCCCAUUUUCUGCCGCAAACCCUUCUGCCCCAACAUGCGACAACGCUGAGUAUGGAACAAACCCUCCGUUAGAGGAACUUGCGCGUAUGCAUCCAAACGAGCUGCGGCAUCUCAGCCCAUUCGAGGUUUUCCGAAAGGACGGCAAGGUGCGCAUUGAGUUCUGCGAGCCCGUAAACCUGGUGCGUGUUAAUAUUAGCGAUGCGAUUAGCAUGGAUAGAAACGGGCGCGUAAGAUUUUUCCAGAAGGGAAGCACCCCGUCUCACCAAGGACUCAACGUAAAGGCCAUUGUAACCGUUAAUCGUGUUGUCAACAUGGCUGAGGACCAACUUCGUGAGACGUGCCUUGCAGAGGGCAAUCGAUUUAUCUCGUAUCAAAACAAUGCGUGGAGAUAUGCUAUAAACGAUCCCAAUGAAACCAUCGAUGUUUCGUGUUACGAGGAGCCUAGUCAUGACCAGGUUAAUCUUUCUAUCCAUAAGGGUGACGAUGAUGACGAUAACAUUGAUGAGGAUGCAGGCGUCACCUCACAAAAUUGGCAGACCACCGAAAAAAGUGAUAGUGAGCGUGCGAUUGCUAACAAGCCACUUCUUGGUGGGGUGGAGGCACCACUGAGGUCUGCCCAGCUCAUUCCACCCUCUACUCUUGGUAGAGCAAAUAUCAUUAUGAACAAGACCAUCUUACCAUCCUCUCAGCCAUCACGGGAUCGAUCUUUAUUGAAUAGACAAGUGUUUAAACUUCCAUAUGAGCUACCAGAUAUGACUUCCAAGAGUACAAAACAUCAAGCAGAAGCUAUGCUUCAUUUUCCUCUAGCGGAAGGCAAGCCUCCUGUGUAUUAUGUUAACUCAAAGUGUUCCGUUGUUCACGAAAAUUUUGUUUCCAGUUCGGGUUUGAAGAAGCAGACAACGGGUCCCAUUACUUUGGCUCGUAGCUUCAGAGCUAGCUGGCACAUUUCUGGCCUUUUAGCAUUUCCGUCUUUUGCUUCUAUGCGGGACGGGUUGGAAACCAAACGAGAUGUAGAUGAGGUACAUGGAUGUAAUAUUGUUUUAAGUUGCCCUUUUAAAUGGACGACACCCUCAGCUAAACCUUUGACAUCGUGCCUUGUGUCGGUGUUUCGUUUGUUAACCCGGUACAUGCGAGUGAUACCAAAUUCGGAGCAUUUUUGUGGGGCUCAAAUGGAGCCUGCAAUGCAGAAGAAUCACUACGGGCUAUUGCAUCUCUCCCUGUGUCGGGAAAAGUCCUCUACGACGUUAUCCGAGGAAAAACUGAAAGAAAUACUCUCUAUCGUCGUCGAGCGAUCGUCAGGCCGAGCAUGUCUGUCACCCACUGAGCUUUGCUCUAUGAAGCAGUGCAAGUCGGUGAUCAAGCUGAUGAGUGCGCUCUACGCCCUACCCGAGUAUGAUGAGGGGUUUUCCAACGCGCUGGAGGAGGCUCGUUACUUAGGGCAGCUCCGGCGACAGCAACUGUGCAAUUGGCUUUCCAGCGAGCUGCACGAUUUGGUCAACCGCAGCAGUGGCGUUUUUUCUUCUCGAUCGGAGGAGUUGCUGCAGAUCAUCCUCUCUCAUAAGCUUAAGGAUGCAGCUCGCCUCGCCGAGGAUCUUAACGAAGUUACCCUUGCUCGUGUGAUAGGCGUCUGUGGGGAGGGCAAUCAGUUUGGGGAGUACGUCGAAAUGGCCAGGGCAGGUUUCCCUGACGGCGUUGUGGUCCGUGAUCGGGUUGUGAGUUUACUCUCUGGCAAAAUUGAGACCUUUAUACAAGAGGAUGAAUAUACGUUUGAAAAACGGUCUGCACAGGGCGACGACUCCAUUGUGGCUCACCACAACGCUGUCACGUGGAAACAGCUUCUGGGUAUUUUCGCGUUUUAUGGCUGCACGCCUGAUACCUCAGCGGAGGAGAUCAUCAGUGAUUUCACGGACCGGCUGCGUACCUCGUCACGUCGGUCGAAACCCUUGCCGCCGUAUGCUGAGAAACUUCACGAUGAAGCCCUCAAAAACAGCCGCGGUCGGGAUGUAGUGCGUCGUGGGAAUUCCUUUCAGGAUGCCGCGUUUCUUCUUCUCAAGGGCUUCGUAGACGGCAGUGCGCCCCCUCCAGCCAGUCUACAUCCGCACGCGUCGAGUUACUCUUCCACAGAUUACCUUUCCCCAUUUAUUAUCCUCAGUGCCGUGCGUGCCUUACAGUUGCCGCGUGAUCGACCCUACAAGGACGCCGAAACGUCCGUGCUCUUGGGCGCUGCGGCUCAGUUAGAGCUGAGCACCGAGGCGUGGUUUUGGGCUUUACUGCCGCUUCACAUGAUUGAGCACGAUCGUGCGCGUUGGCGGGCUGUGCGUGAUUUUUGUCGUCGAAACGCCCUUCGUGCACAACAACUAAAGGAUUCGCCGGGCGAAAAUGCGUCCACCAUGGAAUUUGCCAAACUCCUAAGCUUGCUGAACGUGGAUCAGACAGAGUUAGAGCCUGUCAUAGGACCUGCUGAGCAGCCUAAAGGGGAGUCAGUAAAUAGACCAAGCCUCAAGACUCAAGAGGCUCUUCAGAAAACUAUAGGGUUCUUGCAAAAUGCACUCAAGGAGCUAACUGUUGGCGAUGUCUGA